AUGUUUACUUCUGAUGAAUGGAGGAAGAGUAAAUACUCAAAAGAGCAUGGUGGUAAAAGAGUCACAUCCAUUGUUUUAAUGCCUACCUUUUGGAGUACAAUUGUGUAUAUCCUUAAGAUGACGGGUCCUCUCGUAAAAGUGCUUAGGUUAAUUGAUGGUGAAAAAAGGCCGGCCAUGGGCUAUGUAUAUGAGGCCAUGGAUAGGGCAAAAGAAGCAAUUGCAAACUCCUUUAAUAAUGUGGAGGACAAGUACAAAUAUGUGUUUGCAAUUAUUAACAAAAGGUGGGAAUGUCAACUCCAUCAACCAUUACACGCGGUCGGGUGUUAUUUGAAUCCUCAGUUAUUCUACUCAAAUCCCCAAAUUCAAGAGGAUAAGGAGGUGAUGAUCGGGUUGCUUAAAUGCAUUGAGAGAUUAAUGCCGAGUGUUGUUGAUCAAGCCGAGUGGUGGGCUUCUUUUGGCAAUGAUGCACCGGAAUUAAAAAAAAUUGCCAUCAAAGUCCUCAGCCUUACGUGUAGUGCAAGUGGUUGUGAGCGAAAUUGGAGUAUUUUUAGCCUCCUUCAUAACAAAAGAAGAAACCGACUUGCGCAAACUCAGCUCAAUAAUUUAGUCUAUGUGAAAUAUAAUCGAGCGUUAAAGCGGCGUUAUAAUCAUCGUGAUGUCAUUGAUCCAAUCUCUUUGGAUGACAUUGAUGAAAGUAACGAAUGGUUGCUUGGUAGAAUGGAUGAGGAUGAAGAAGAAAAUGAAGAUUAUGUGUUUGAUGAUGACGAUUUGACAUGGAAGGAUGUUGGUAUAGCUUCCGGAGCUUAUGAGCGUGACCAUAAUACUAGAAGAAAGAACGUUGCUAGUUCAAGCUCGAAAGGAAAGGAAAAAGCUAGACCACACCUUGUAGAUGAAGAUGAUGAAGAUGAUGAAGUUGUUAUGCUAGAGGAGAGUGACACUGAAUAA